AUGCCCGACAUCAAUCGAGAUAACCAUAACCACUUCAACGCGUCUUACCCAACUGGGGGUCAUAUUGUUUUGGAGGAAGGCUUGGCAAGUGAACAACGAAACGAACAACAUCAUCCUCCAAAUGUCACUCCAGCCCACGUAGAGAAUUGGUUAGACGAGAAUGCUUCGCCAUCAGCACGAUUUUACAACAACAAUUUGGAGCGCCGGUUUUCACGCCUCAAUCAGCAGGGUGGAUUCCAACCUCAAAACAACACCAUGCUGCCCCCAGGUGAACUUAUGCCCGCCGCAGGGUUCAACGGCCAUUCCCCAAAUAUGCAUUCAAAUGCUAUAUACCGUCCUGCACAAUCAUUUGACUACAUGCACCCUACUGGAUAUACUCGGCUCCCAUCGAUGAUGACGACCGAAGAGUCGAUGCAGUCUCCAGUCCGAGAGCAUAAUGACAUUUUUCCACUUGGACAUAUGCAUGUUGGUCCUGCUAUGACUAUGGAAGGAGUACCGACACAUAUUCAUGCUGCACCGGCAGCAUCGGCGGGACCAGUAAGACAACCAGAUGACACCAAGGGCAAAGGAAAGGGCAAGGGAAUGGGAAAGGGAAAUGGUGGAUCAGUAAGUUCUACACCUUCCUAGUCCCCUAUUAUACUAUAAAAAGAACCAUAUCAUAUCUCGAGCAUAGCCCUAGAGUCAUCCUGUCUUUUAUAACGCAAAAGCGUCUGUUGCACUACAAAAGACAGGACGCCACUCGCUUAGGAAAUCAGCGACUAUUUUCUUCAUCUCAUCAUUACACAAAUAACUAACGUAAUCUUUCCUUAGAAGCGAUCACAUCACAUUCCAAUCGUCCCUAAGGGUACAAAAUUCCGAUGGGAGGAUAACGGACAUAUUGAUCGAACAGCUUGUAAGGUUGGCGUCGUAGAUAAGGAUAAGUUGCGAUUCUCUCUUAACGCUACGACUGGUCGCUCUUAUAAAUACAAGUAUCCCCACAGACAUGGGUUUGAUUGGAAUGACAAGGAAGAAAUCCUCAAAGCCAAAAAGUGGCGGCAGCAAAUCUUGAAGCGACGCAUGGAAAAGACAAUUGUCAACUCUGAUGCUGCUUCCUCUGACUCCAUCCGCUGCAAAUGGUCUGAGAAAGAGAAAACAUCAAUUGAAGUGCGUGUUGAAGAUAUGAUUGAGGAGAAGGGGCGAAGGCUUGUCAUGGAGGAUUGGGCGGAAAUCACCAGAGACCACAAUGAACAAUUCAAGGGCGUCCAGAUCCAUGUUGGCGAGAUGAUGCCGACUAGCCGCUUAGCUUCUGGAAAGGGUAUUGAUCAGAGAAUCAACCAGACUGAAUACUUGGUUCAGCCCAGAUCUGCCGAGGCCGUGUAUUCCCAAGCCAACAGAUGGCCAGAUGUCAAAGCCAUGAUGGUUAAGAAGUAUUCCGAAUUUGAGGAGGAGACCAGUGAUGAAUACGGCGAUAUGGAUAUGGAGCUCGGCGGCCAUGGUUCACAAAGCUUCUUAGAGUCUAUGGUUGCAAAUUCCGGUAUCCAAGAUCACGGCAUUAUGCGGAACCUGGGAGGUAAUUUGAACGAUGCCGAGCCUAACACAACAAAAGAAUACGACGAAGACGCCAUGGGCAGCCCGGAUUAUGGUUUUGAGUAUACCAAUACCCCCAGUGGUGUAGUUGCAACCCCGUCUCCAAUGAACUCGCCUUAUUAUUCUCUUCACGGCACAGUCGGACAACUCUUCAAUACCCCAACUCCUCUCCAUUCUGUUUCUACUCGCAACAAGGCUGCUAAUGAGACAGCUGAGGCUACUCCCUGUCCUGCUCCGGGUAAACGUAGACCAGCUCGAUUCGACUCUGAUAAUGAUGCUGAUAUCUCCAAUCUUUGA